UUCUUCUUCUUUCAAGGAGAACUGGAGCGGGAGCUGACAUUUUUAUAUCGCAAUGUUGAAUCUUUUGUGCUCUUCGUUGGACAUCCAAGAAGCGGUCAUAGUUUGGUGGCUGCCAUUUUAGAUUCCCAUCCAGAAAUAAUUAUUUCGGAUGAGUUUAAUCUGCUUUAUAAGUUUGACAGUUUCUUUAAAGAUCUUAGCCAAACAGACGAUGAGCGCAAGCUGAGGAUAUUCUAUGACUUACAUACUCGCUCGCGCCGACAGGCCAUGUUUGGAAGUCGUUCGUCAAUUUGCUCCGUAUCCUACUGCUACAACAUUAAAGGAGGCUGGCAAGGUUAUUGCAAAAGGAAACUUAAGGUACGAGAUAUUUGAAAGGGCCCAUGUCAUGAAAAGAACCGGAUUUGGAAGUCCUGACUUCAGUCUCUCGGGGUUUCUUGUAGUGUUCCUUUACUUCAGUUCGAUUCAUUUUUCCUUGGAAGUGAAUGAUAAAUCAGCCUCACGCGAUAUACGUAUUGCAGUUAGCAUUACUUUUAUUAUCAUUUCCAGGGGGCGCUUUCUAAAUUUUGUAAAUAUGCAUUAGUAUAUGAUGUCAGGAACCGCAAGUUUAAUGGAUUCAAUUUGAUAACAUUGAUUAUUUACAAAUAUUGAUUAAUGGUAAGAAAUUAAAGCUUUCCUAUGUGGUCUACUUAUAGGGAUACAUUGCAUAACGCUAAAUCUUAUGGGACUUAUUUCCUUUGUUUAAGAAGCACGAGUAAAUUAUUGCCCCAAGCAAUGGUCGCUUAUUCACAAUCGUGCGAGUAAAACUGACUAUGAUAUAGGAUUCCAUGUAUAUUUUCCUCAGGUAAUUGGAGACAAAAACGCAUCUGUGACUACUGCACGUUUGCAUCACGAAAAAGGGCGUCACGAUUUGCGAAAACUGGAGAAAGUGCUGGGAAUUCCAAUCAAACUGAUUAACGUCAUCAGAAAUCCAUUUGAUAACAUUGCCACUAUUUGUAGGAGGCUGGAUGUGAAUCCUGGAAGUCAUCAAAUAGUAAGUAAAUAUAGAGGUAUAUCAUCUAUCGUUUCUCAUUGGUUCUUAUUUUUCAUGGUAAUUCUUGAUUUUUUUUAAUGGACUGGAGAGUUUUACCACGACGUAAAACACUGGCAGAAUCAAUACGAUCACCACAUAUCCGGGAUCAGAGCCGCGUAUCUCAAUCGCUCGCUGCCCUCAAUCGUGAGAUAUUUACUUGCCACUCGUACAUAACAUUUACAACUUCUUGUUCUCGUGCAACAACCACUAUGUAUUGUUCAACGUUUUCUUUGUUAUAUUGUCAUCAUUAUUUCUGUUAGAAUACCUGUGAUUAACUGUUUUGUUUGCGCUAUAUAUAUAUAUCGAUCCACAUAAACUGUUUUCAUAAAACAGCAGCAAGUUUUUGUUGAGUCGCAAUCUAAAACCUUAUGAUUUUCUUACUAAGUACGGAAUGGAACCAACCUUGACCUCUAGAUCGAAAAUUAUUUCAUCAAAGUACAGACAAUUAAAUAUCUUCAUGACCUGAGGCACUACCGGAUUCUCAAUGUAUACAGCCGAGAUCUG